ACAGAUACGAUACAGAUGCGAGGAAGACGUGAACGCCAUGGGACAUCUGUGCGACGCUUUCCUUUCUUUUUGUCAGUGACGAAACCGGCAUGGAAGUGACCUCUGAGAAUGAUGUUGCUUUGUUUUCUGAGCAGAACACUGCAACUAGCAAGACAUUCAUCCAGUCCACUGGGGAGACAACUCUGUUCAGCCAGCGCAAAUAAGCCAGUGUUGACUUUAUUCACCAAGAAACCAUGCCCUCUGUGUGAUGAAGCAAAAGAAGUGCUUGAGCCAUAUAAGAAAAGGUUUAUUUUGCAGGAGGUGGAUAUUACCUUUCCAGAGAACUCAGCGUGGUAUGAUAAAUACAAAUAUGACAUUCCUGUUUUUCAUUUAAAUGGGAAGUUCCUAAUGAAGCAUCAAGUAGACAUUCAAAAGUUUGAGGACCAGCUUAUGAAGCUGGAGUCGCAAAAUGAUGGAAACCAGUGAAGAAAAUGCAGCUGCUCUGGUGUGGAUCUGAAAGGACCGUGCAACAUAAAUUGUGUGAAAAAGCAGUAUUCAUUAUCUGGCCUUAUGUUGCUUAGAAUGUAUGGUACCAGCAUCCUAAAAAACUUGAAUGACUUGUAUUCUAUUUUGUAUUCAUCAUCCAGCCCAGCUGCACCAGUAGCAACCUUUUCUGCACCAUUCAUUUGCUGCUAUCCUAGGUUGACUUUUCAUUGACAAGAAUAAAUGCUGCUCCAUAACAGCAGAUAAAGUGAAAUGUGUUUCAAGAUUGUUAGUAUGUAUAAGCUGUAGGUCUGUGAGAGACUUCCUUGAAGAAGUCUAAGAGUCUAUCCUAAGUGCUCAUUUGAAAUGGAGAAGAGGGUAUUUACUGUAAAUGAAAAGGACACUUGAUUAAAGACAGCACACUCUCACUGAA